CAGUCAAUGUAGGUACAUAUUACCUAAGUGUUCGUAAUCGAGUUCAUUUUUUCUCUUCGAAUAACAAUAUCUGCUUACGAUGACGAUGCAAAGUGACAAUUACCACGAGGAUGACAUUGUGAUUACUGGAAUUUCAGGACUGUUUCCAAACAGCGAAAACUUCGAAGAAUUCAAGGAAAAUUUAUUGAAAAGGAGAGAUAUGUAUUCAAAAGUCGACAUAAACGGCGAUACUACAAUCAGAGGUGUGGUGAAAUCAAUCGAUCGUUUUGAUCAUGCUUUUUUUCACGCAAAUCGCGAACAAGCAGAAGGAACGAUUAUCAGUCUGAGAAUUCUGCUUGAAAAAACAUUUGAAGCUAUAUUGGACGCAGGUUACAAUUUACAAAAAAUAAAAGGUAAACGUAUAGCAGUUGUUAGUGCAAUAUGGGAAGGUAGUACCAAUGGUGAUCCGGCUUUUCAGACGACUUCCGAAAAAUACAUCGGUGUCCUUGGCACGGGUCAUUUCAUGUGUGCCAACAAAAUAUCACAUGCGUUCGAUCUACGAGGACCUAGUUGUAAUGUGAAUACGUCGUGUUCGUCAUCUGGUUAUGCUUUAGACACGGCCAUUAGGCACAUUCAAACUGAACAAUGUGAAGGAGCAAUCGUGUGUUCGGCAAAUUUCUGUUUUAUCGAGUACGACAAAAACGCUACGACAUCACUUAUUCACUCUACAGAGAUUUCUUCACCUUUCGAUGCGCGAGCUGGUGGAUACAUUAAAAGCGAAGCUGUAGUCUCCAUGUUUAUUCAAAAAAGAAAAUAUGCCAAAAGGAUUUAUGCCGAAAUCAUUCAUUCGACAACUAAUUGUGACGGUUUCAAAGCAGAAGGUAUGUUGCAUCCUUCAAUCAGUCAACAAAAACAGCUUUACGAAGACUUUUACAAAAUGAUCAACAUCGACCCCAGCUCCAUCUCGUACAUAGAAGCGCAUGGUACAGGAACACAGGUAGGAGAUGUUGUAGAAGGCACAUCGAUUGCCGAAUUUUUUUGUCAAGGACGCGAGACUCCACUGAAACUCGGAUCGGUUAAAUCGAAUAUAGGCCAUACAGAGUCCGUUGCUGCAUUAUGCGGUGUUGCUAAAUUAAUUGUGGCUUUCGAAAGUGGAAUUAUUCCGCCAAAUGAGCAUUUCACGAGCCCGAAUCCAAACGUUAAGGGUUUACUCAAUGGCCAGCUACAGCUUGUUACAGAGCCAACACCCCUAGAAGGAAAAUAUUUUGCUUUAAAUUCUUUCGGAAUCGGUGGCGCAAACGUUCAUCUGCUAUUGGCGCCUCACGAUAAAAUUAAACAGCCUACUAAAUCUACAAGUGAAGAUAUACCAAAAAUGCUGACCGUUUCUGGACGCACCGAAGAAGCUAUCGAUUGUAUUUUCAACGAUAUUGAAAAAAAUUACCAGGAUAGAGAAUAUGUGGCCCUGUUACAUGGAAUUUUUAGCGAUGAUAUAAGCGGUCAUCUUCAAAGAGGAUAUAUCAUUUUGCAUGAGAACAAAGAUCAUGUAAAAUCUAAAACGCUGUUUUCAGGGGAUAAACGGCCUAUAUGGUUUGUCUUCGCGGGUAUGGGUUCCCAAUGGUCCGGAAUGGCGAAAUCAUUGAUGAGCAUACCUAUAUUUGCCGAAUCGAUUCGAAAAAGUCAUCAGACAUUGCAAUCAAAACAAAUAGAUUUGAUCAAAAUAAUCACAGACGACGAUCCUAAAAUAUUCGACAAUAUUUUAAAUUCGUUCGUAGGGAUAGCUGCUGUUCAGAUAGCUUUGGUUGAUGUUUUACAAGCGAUUGGAAUACGGCCUGAUGGAAUAAUAGGUCAUUCAGUGGGUGAAUUGGGUUGUGCAUAUGCUGAUGGAUGUUUUACAGCUGAGCAAAUGAUUCUUGCAGCUUAUUACCGUGGUUUGGUCUCAGUACAAACCGAAUUGAUUCAUGGCACGAUGGCUGCUGUUGGGGUAGGUUACGAAACCCUGAAGGAACUAAUCACCACUGAAAUCGAUAUUGCUUGCCACAAUGGUCCGACAAGCUGCACCAUAUCUGGUCCUACACCAAACAUGGAACGAUUUAUCGAAGCUUUAAAAGAAAAGGACAUAUUUGUACGACCAGUGAAUACAUCCAACAUCGCAUACCAUAGCCGCUAUAUUACUCCACUGAGCCAGAAACUAUUAACAUUGUUACGAAACGAAGUUAUACUCGAACCGAAACUUCGUUCAGAAAAAUGGAUAUGUACAUCAGCUCCAGAAUACGAAUGGGAGAUGGAUCAAGUAAAAUAUUCUUCGGCUGAUUACCACACAAAUAAUUUACUGAACCCAGUAUUCUUUGAAGAGGGUUGUCGUCAUAUACCUGGCAACGCCAUAACUAUAGAAAUAGCUCCCCACGGUUUAUUACAAGCUGUACUAAAACGUUCGUUACCCAAAACGGUGACAAAUAUACCACUAACACUCAAAAACCACGAAAACGGAGUUGAGUUUUUUUUUAACUCGUUAGGCCGAAUGUACGAGGCUGGAUGUGUUCCAAACUUGAGUGUGUUAUAUCCACCUGUGGAAUUUCCAGUUAGUAGAGCAACUCCAACAAUUUCUUCGCUAAUUAAAUGGCAGCAUGAUGAACAAUGGUCAAUUGGAAAACUCAAAAAUGAUUUGUGUACCGAGCGAGAAUUCAACAUUAGAACAAUGGAUGAUGAAUACAAAUUUGUAAAAGACCACGUUAUAGAUGGAAGGAAUUUAUAUCCCGGUUUAGGUUACUUGUGGUUAGUCGUGGAAACUGUAACUCAAAUAAGAAAAAAGAAAAAUACGAGGGCACCAGUAGUUUUUGAGAACAUUCGUUUUGAACAAGCGACAAUUGUUCCUCAGAAAGGUGUGCUGAAAUUACUGGUAACAAUUACCGCCGGUAAUAAACACUUUAAUGUAACGGAGAACGGCCAAAUUCUAGCUUCAGGGACAGUAAGAAUUCUCGAGAAUGCUGAUAAAGAAACAUUAAACGUACCCGUUCACAAUACUGAUUUAAAUUCUGAUGAGCUAAACUUGAGUACUAAUGAUUUUUACAAAGAAUUAAGGUUACGAGGAUACCAUUAUAAAGGGUUAUUCAAACAGGUUGCUGGAGUGAAUUAUGAAGGCACUUAUGGCGAGAUAUUUUGGAAUGAUAACUUUCCGGUUUAUAUGGAUAACAUGGCUCAAAUACAAAUACUGCGUCUUGAUACUCGUGAACUUCUCAUACCAACGUUUGUACGUAAAAUCGUUAUCGACUUCGAGAAACAUUUCCAACAAAUAGAGUUACUAGACAAAGACAAGCCUAAGUUGCCUGUUCAUUUUUUUCCGAAACAUCGUCUAGUGUGUUCCGGAGGUAUUCAAAUGAUUGGGUGGAGUUGUAAAACUAUUACUCGUCAAAAAAAUCUAGCUGAACCAGUUCUGCAAAAAUAUCAAUUUUUACCCUAUAUCAACGACGAGGAAAUGGAAUUAAAUUUGGCAGUCCACACGUGCACCUACAUUGCACUCACAAACACAUUGGAAAUUCAAGUAAAAACCUACGAAUUACUUAGCCAUGACCACGAUUUUAAAAUCGAAACUAUGUCGUCUAUAAUCUGGAAUUCACUGAAUAGUUUACCGAUGAUUCAGCCCAACGUAACAAUUUCAAUGAGCUCUGAUCAAAUGGCCGACAUUCAAUUGCCAAAUGAAAUUACCGUAACGAAUGAAAAAUUGCCUAAUGAUAAAAGCUGCUUGUUGAUCGCUUCAUCAAAUAUAAGCAACAAAAUUGACAUACUUGAAAAUGUACGUCAAGCAUUAAAAGAUAAUGGAUUUAUUAUCACGAAAGAACCUGUCACCAAGGACAUCAACUCAUACGAAAAAUUGGGAUUUAACGUUUGCUUCAGUCGUAAGAUCAACGCUACGGAGAGAAUGCUCCUCUUAAAUAAAUCGGUGAAAAAUGAAUCAUCUUACAAAACUGUUAAAGUACAGAGUGACUCGUACACUUGGGUAUCAAAUAUUCAAAGUAAACUAGCAACUAUUGACUCGGAAAGGAACGAAAAAUUGAUCAUUUAUGCUGAAAAAGAUCCUAAAAAUGGAAUACUAGGAUUCUUCAAUACAUUAAGAAAAGAAGAAAAGGGAAUGGAUCUGAGAUGUAUUUAUACGAUGGACGAUAAAGCGAUCGAUUUUUCAUUGGAUCACUCAUUCUAUAAAGAUCAAUUGGAUAAAGAUUUAUGCCAAAAUGUUUUCAAGAAUGGGCAGUGGGGUACAUAUUGCCAUUUGCAGAAUGAACCAGUGAAUCUAGUAGAAACAACAAAUUCACUGUGUAUACAAGAAGAACGUGGUAAUUUCUCCUCAUUCAAAUGGAUCGAAAAAUCAAACCUCGACACAGAUGAACACAUUCAUGUAUAUUAUAGUAGCCUGAAUUUCCGAGACGUUAUGAUAGUAAGCGGGAGAAUUUCAGCGGAAGAUCUGCCUUUCUAUAAUCGAUUAGAGGAGUGUCAGCACGGUUUUGAAUUUUCCGGAAAAGAUGGCAAUGGAACACGCUGGAUGGGUAUUGUAGAAAAAGAAGCGUUAGCAAGCGUUGUUCGACCUCUCGUUGACUGGACAUGGAAAAUACCGGAUCAUAUGACGCUAGAAGAAGCAGCCACCAUUCCUGCCAUAUACAUUACAGUAGUUAUGGCUUUCUACUUGAAGAUGAAUUUGCAAAAAGGAUGUUCAGUACUCAUACACUCAGGUAGUGGUGGAAUUGGUCAAGCGGCCAUUAACAUUUGUCUUCAUCACGAAUGUGAAAUAUUUACUACUGUCGGUACACCUGAAAAAGUACAGUUUAUACGAAAAACAUUCCCUCAAAUUCCAGAGAGUCACAUUGGUAACUCGAGAGAUACAUCUUUUGAGCAGUUGAUAAUGCAGCAGACAAAUGGCCGUGGAGUGGACGUAGUUCUGAAUAGUUUGGUUGAGGAAAAAAUGCAAGCUUCUGUACGUUGCUUGGCUCCGUCUGGGCAUUUUAUAGAAAUAGGAAAAUAUGACAUGCUCAACAAACAUACUUUAGAUUUGGAGCAUUUCAUCAACAAUGUAUCAUUUCAAAGCAUACAAUUAGAUUUGGUUAUGCGGAAUAACAGGCAACAGGCACUCGCAAUUCGAAAUAAGUUUACAGAGCUUCUGGAUCAAGGAGUAAUAAAACCAAUACACAGAAUAAUCUUCCAAGCCGACAAAGUGGAAUCAGCUUUCAGAUUCAUGGCAUCUGGAAAACACAUGGGAAAAGUUCUAAUAAAAAUGAAUGAUGAGGAGAACGACAUAGAAGGCAAACCAACUUUGAUACCUAAGAAAUGCAAGCCUCAAGUUUUUUGUCCAAAACUUAACUCUUAUGUUAUUGCAGGAGGCUUAGGUGGAAUGGGAAUGGAGCUGGCUGAUUGGUUGAUCUUGAGAGGUGCUCGCAAUAUUGUAUUAAGCUCAAGAACAGGAAUCAAAAAUGGUUACCAGUCGUAUCGUAUAAAAUUAUGGCGUUCGUACGGAGUAAAAGUGAUAAUAUUCACUGGAGAUGUGACAAAAGAAAUAGGAGUAAAGAAUUUACUUCAAACAGCUAAUACAUUAGGGCCAGUAGAAGGGAUUUUCAAUCUCGCAGUGAUCCUUAAAGAUGAUCCAUUCGUUCAACAAACCGAGGAAAACUUCCGUUUGACAAACGAGCCGAAGGCAAUCAUAUCAACGCAUCUCGACAACUUAAGCAGAAAAAUGUGCCCGCAUUUGAAAUACUUCGUCGCAUUUUCCAGUGCCGCUUGUGGUUUGAGUAACCAAAACCAGAGUAACUACGCUUAUACCAAUUCUGUGAUGGAAAGGAUAUGUGAAAUCAGACAUGCAGAUAAUCUACCCGCUUUGGUAAUUCAAUGGGGAGCCGUCGGAGACGUUGGUAUAGUAGCAGACUUCACUGAACAGGCUGCAGGAACUGAAAUUACAAUUUGUGGAACACGGCUACAAAAAAUUAAGUCUUGUUUGGAGACACUCAAUAUGUUCAUGAAAGGCUCUCGUCACCCCAUUGUAACUAGUAUGGUGGUUGCUGAAAAAAAGCGAACUGACGCCGAUAUUAUAAGCGCAGUAGCCAAUGUAUUAGGUAUCAAAGACCUGAAGACUGUAAAUCAAUUAUGGACUUUCCCAGAACUUGGCAUGGAUUCCAUUUUGGGAAUGGAGCUAAAACAAAUCCUUGAAUCAGAAUUCAAUGUUAUUUUUAGCCCAGAAGACCUACAAACAAUGACCUUUGUCAAAUUGCAUCAAAUGAAAGAAAAAAAAGAGAAUUCCUUGAAAACAGGUAAAAAAAUGAAAACACAAAUUGAAAUCUUUAUGGAUGAAAUACUUGCAAAUAAGCCAAUUCGUCGCUUGCCAAUCGAUGAAAACGAUAUUGAAAAGUCAAUUGUUUUCAAUGAAUAUCCAACGACUUUCAUUUUUCCCGGAUUCGAAGGAUUAGCUGUUACGAUGCAAUCAUUGGCCAAAACAUUACCAGGACAAGUGCUGUGUUUCCAGUACCACUUUGGCGAAGUUGCAGACUUCACAUUGAAAGAAUUACGCGAUUAUUUUGUCAAAUACAUACUGGAAAAUUUCAACUUGGACAAGGAGUUUUGUAUAAUUGGUCACAGUUUGGGUGGAUAUAUUGCCUUAGAAGCGGUUGAUAUAUUAGAGAAGCAGGGAAAAAGAGGAUAUCUGUACUUGAUAGAUUGUUCUCCAUUGUAUCUGGUAAAACUCCAGACCAGAGAAGACAUGAAAGAAAGGUAUUCCAACAAUGAACAAUUGGAAAUGAAUGUAUGCUCAAGUAUAGUGUCAAUGUUUUCACCCACUACACCCAUAGAAGAAUUCACUAAAUCGAUCAAAAAACUGGAAGGUUGGCAAUCAAAGAAAAAACUAUGUUUGUCAUUACUACCAUCAGGGAUGACAAAUGAAAACUCAAUGAACCUGUUGCUUGAUAGAAUUAUUACAGUGAGCAAAGAAAUACUUAAUCACCAAAUUCCUCAAGUAUCACUCGAAUCAUCAGGCAUUCUGAUAAGAUGCGUGGAAAAUACGCUGGAUGAUGAUGAUGCUUAUGGCUUAUCAGAGUACUUCAAGAAUCCGAUGCAAGUUUAUAAAAUUAAUGCUGGGCACAGCACAAUUUUGCAUCAUGCGAAGACUUCGGAAAUUCUAAUGGAAUCUCCAUUGUGGAAAAAAAUAAGCAACUGACGGAUUUUUUCAAAAAAAAAAAAAAUUUCACUUAUGUAGUAUUAUUAUAAAACCAAGAA